AUGGCUGGCACAUCACUCAAAGUGCCUCAAAUCAGCCAGGCUGAGAUGAUUGCAUUCCACGAAGCUCAUUUCUCCAGGCUCGCGACAGAUCAAUUCCAAGCCCAGUUCCUCCGACCCAAUCAUCCGCCCGCAGAAGAAAUUACAUACAAUGCGGCGGAUGACGAAGAAUACUACGAAGAGGAGGACGAUGGGCUCGGCUACUACCCCGACGGCGUCAAACGAACCCUCACCGAUGAGCAGAUUGCCAUCUUUAGACACUCGGAACUCGAAGCUCUGCGCCGCGCAAGGGAGUCUUCUAGCUCGGGGAAAACCACAACCGUAAAACCCGAGGAAGAUGCGGCGUACGACAUGUCUGAAGAUGGCGAGGUCUCGUCGGCGCUGUCCACCACCGCAAAACAAUCCAAAAAGCGGAAACGCGGCAAGUCUAAGAAAAACAAGACGACCAACGGGGGAGAGCCGAUUGAUCUGCGCAAGCGAACAUGGGACGUGGUGGACAAGGGCCUAGCAACUCUCGAUUACGGCGAAGAAAACAACCAGCCGGUCAAAGCUAGCGCGAUCCAGCGCCGUCGCAUCUCUUACGACGAUUGA